AUGGACGACCGCAGAGACAAUAUCGGCGGAGGGGGCCGCUGCUACGGUCCUCCUCCGCCUGAUCUUUCCAUUCCACCUCCUCCAGCAAAGAUGCGCCGCAAGCAGCGUCGACAGCCUCCCCAGGAGACAGUGAGCCAGUUCUGGGACAAGCUGAACCCCAAACACCCCGGUAAAGUGUACACGGUCCUUCCGAACAACCCAUAUGCUCGCAAAAAGGCGGCAAAAACUCCCCAUGGCACUGUGUGUGGCCAACGUGCCGCCAAAUCGUAUGAGGAGGCGCGCGCCGAGUGUGAAAGGGACGUCAACAGGAUCAUCAAGGAGUGCCGGCGGCUGAACCAGAAGUACCGCGACAUGCAUUUCGACAUCGAAUGGGAUCUCAAGUCUGGUCAGCGGAACUGUCUAGAUGGGCUCAGCACGCCUGGUGAUUCCAUGAAGCCAAAGGGCGUCAAACGAGUCACGGACAUCUUCGAGAAUCCUCAAUUUUUCAUCAAUGGCCCUACGGCAGGGGAUGUGCGACAGGGCCGUGAUGGAGAUUGCUACCUGAUGGCAGCACUGUGCGGCUUGGGAAAUAUGCCUGGACUGAUCGACAAAGUCUGCGUCAAGCACGACAAGGACGUCGGUGUCUAUGGCUUUGUCUUCUUUCGAGAUGGCGAAUGGCAGCAUACAAUAAUCGACGAUAAACUUUACACCAGAGCACCCGACUACGACGAAGCCCAGGACGAGCGCGUCGUCUGGGACGAUAUCAACCGCGUAGACAGCGCAGAGGAAUACCGCAAAGCCCACCUGACGGGCUCGCGAGCGCUGUACUUUGCACAAUGCAGCGACGAAAACGAGACGUGGCUCCCGCUCCUCGAAAAGGCCUAUGCAAAGGCGCACGGAGACUUCGCCUCCAUCGACGGCGGGUUCACAGGCGAGGCGAUCGAGGAUUUGACCGGCGGCGUGACGACGGAGAUCUACAGCACCGACAUCCUCGACCGCGAGGCCUUCUGGCGCGACGAGCUGAUGCACGUCGGCUCGAAGUUCCUGUUCGGCUGCGCCACGGGCUUCUAUGCCAACUGGCUGGACACAAGCGGCGCGCCGCGCGAGCGUGAGGGUAUUUCCGAGGGGCACGCUUACAGCAUCAUGGACGCGAGGGAGAUCAAGGGCCAGAGACUCCUGAAACUCCGCAACCCGUGGGGCAAGAAGGAGUGGACGGGGAAAUGGAGCGACGGCAGCUCCGAGUGGACACCCGAGUGGAUGCAGUUGCUGGAGCACAAGUUCGGUAACGACGGCAUCUUCUGGAUCAGUUACGAGGACCUGCUCAAGAAGUACCAGCAUUUCGACCGCACGAGGAUCUUUGGCCCGGAGUGGAACGUUACGCAAUGCUGGACCAGCGUCAAUGUCUCGUGGUCGGCCGAGUAUCACAGUACAAAGUUUUCGUUGACGUUGCAAGAGAAGGCGCCCGUGGUGAUCGUGCUAGCACAGUUGGACGACACCUAUUUCGGCGGCUUGGAAGGCGGUUACGAAUUUGACCUCCAAUUCCGCCUUGAGUCUGAUGACAAGGAGGAUGAAAACGACUAUAUUGUCCGAUCGAACGGCAAUUACGCCAUGGCCAGAUCUGUCAGCACAGACAUUGAGCUGGAAGCCGGCACGUACUCGGUCCUGAUGAAGAUUACCGCGACAAGAAACACGGACAGGGAACACGUCGAAGACGUACUGCCCGUUUAUGCUGCGACAAGACGCGAGAAGCUCAUCCGGAUGGGUCUCUCCUACGAUCUUGCACAUGCGAAGGGUGUUAUCGUGGAGACGGAGGCAGAACGCAAAGAACGCAAAGCACGCGAGAAAGUCAGACGGGCUAAGGAGAGGGAGAAGAUGAAGCAGAGGACAAAAGCCCAGGCGGAGAAGCAUUGGAGGAGGGAGAAGAAAAGGCACGAGCUAGAGAAAGAGAGACUGGCAAGGAACAAACAAAGGAAAGAGAGAAAAAAACGAGUGAAUCGAGAGACUGGCGGAGUGCCGGUCGGACUGGGGAUGGAGGGGCAUGUGAUCAACGAGAACGCCCAGAACAAGGAGAUGAUUUCAACGACGCAGAAUGAGCACGUCGACGAAGUCAAAGUCCUGAACCCCGGAUCCGAAGCCACCGAGAUCAAGUCCUCUGAUGGCGUCGUCGUCAGAAUGAGCGUCAAGGGGCCUGCAGAGUUGUCAGAAGAGCCCAAUCCGAUUCCUAUAUCUCAGAAGAAACCAGCGGAGGAAAUCACCGCCGACAAACUCGUCGAGCCGCUGGAGGAAGUGAUCAAGGUUGCCGAAGCAGAAGACCGCGCCAACGAGCCAGAAGAUCUUCCUGACAAGGAAUCCGCAGAGCCCGAGAGCACCACGUCUGGAGCCAACGGCGCAUCGGUUCAAGCCAGCGGCCCCAAGGUCAUUACGGACAUCAAGCCGUUGUCGAAAUCGCCUCCACUGUCUCGUCCACAGCACGAGAUCUCCAAAGACACCAACUCCGGCUACGAAAACGCUUCUGUGACCAAAGCACGAAGGGGUCCUCAAUCUACCAUGGUAAAUGGACCUUGCCAUCGCAAGCCUCCGCGUAGCGACACGCUCAACACCACAGCCGCGAUGCUGGGUAUUGGAAGUGGCGCUGAUGGAAGCGAGUACGACGUGCAAGAAGAAGACGGAGACGACCUCCGAGACUUUGACAGCGAGCGCGAAAACGUUUAUAUCAGCAAAGACCACCUAAAUGACGGCGGAGAACCUGUGAACGACGACGAAGUCUCCGACGCAGACUCCUUUCCCCCAUUCGAUUGGAACUCGGAGCUCGACAUGUCGCCGUACUUAAGCAGUAGCGACGACGCCGACUCGGACUCCUCCUCGACCCGCACCUUCGCACCCGGCCUCGGUCGACUCAUCAGGCGGAACGUCGCCCGUGGUCGACGCCGAGGACGGUCCCGCUCGCCGCUCCUGAACCCGCCCCUCGACAUUGACGGAUCGAACAUGAAACAACCCAACAAUGACAGAGCGGAGUCCGACGGCGACGGACCCGAAGAGCCGUGGAACGCCGUGUGCGUCGUGGGACUGCGCGUCUACUCGACGUUGCAGGGCGCGGGGAUCAAAUUAAAAGUCGUAAGGCCCAGUGGAUAUUCCGACGACGAGGAGGCCGCUGAGCCACACAAGACCGCAAAGGGAGCCAAGAGCGAGAAGGACGUGGAGAAGAAAGCAGGAGCAGACCCAGUCUUGGAUCCAGACGACAUCUCCAAGGGCGCCGUGGCUGCUGAGCCGGAGAGCACAGGCGUCGUCGUCGCCGGGGAGCGCGAGCGCGAGAGCGAGACACGCGACGUGAAGCCGGGGGACAGGGUGAAACUGGGCAGCAGCACCCGCGCCAGCAGCGGCGGUGGUAGGAACAAAAACAAGGAUCUAAAGCUGGGUAUCCGUCGUUCUCCUCCUCCUCUUCCUCCUCCGGGGGAGAAAAAGUCUUCGGCAAAUUCAUCAACACCGACGAGGAAGGGGAGGGGGAAGAAGGAGACUCAGCUUUCUCGGAGUUGA